CAAAAUGUGUUUGCCGCCGUGCUCAAAGGAACGCCCUCCUUUGUUAACCGCAUACAGUGUCUACGCUAUGUUGUUGUAAAUGUUCCUGUCAUUAUCCGUUAGCAAGCUGACACAACUUUUUUCCUCAAAAAAAUGUCUAAUAUACAGUUAUUGAGAGUGUUUCUCAGCCAGAGAUUGACAAUGGCAGCUGAGGAGAUAUUCGGCGUCAUUGAAGAAACGAUAGCAGAGUACCAGGAAGAGAACAGCCGUCUGCGUAGCAUGCUCGAUGUAGUUAUUAAACCAGAUAUACUAUUACACAGAAUAGACAUCCAACAGUCCACCCACCACCCGGUAUCUGAAAAGGAGGUUCUCCCUGAGCAGCAACACUGUGAGCAGGAGUGGAGCCCCAGUCUGCGGCAGGAAGACCCACAUUACACACAGAUAAAAGAGGAACCGGAGGAACUAGAGUCAUCUUUGAAAAAUGACUCCAACCACCAGGACCUGACUCAGUCCUCACUUCUUUAUGAAACCCAAAGUGAAGACUACGAAGAGACGUACUGUCUUCCCAGCACCUCAACUGCACAGAGGAACUACUCUCUACACAGCACCUUAACUGAACAGAACAUGAUACAGAUCAAAUCAGAACUUGAUGCAGAAGACAAUGGAGUAUCAGAACCAUCCCGUGAGCCUCAGCCCCUAUUUGCAGAAAAUCUAGAGUCUUCUGCAGCUCAGAGUGACACAUUUCAUGUUUUUAAAGGGGUAGAGAGUAGACCUCUGUCAGGUUCAAAGCCACUUAAAUCCAAGAGAUCACCAUCAAAGAGAUUACAGACAGUAAGAAAACAAAGUGCCUAUAUCCACUGUAAAUUUUGUGGAAUGUAUUUCUCCUACUUAGCUUCUUUAGUGAAUCAUGCAAGAAAGCAUGCACAGGACAAAGAAUGUCUAUGUGGUGUGUGUGGAAUACACUUAGAGUCCACAGAAAGUAUGUUAGAUCAUCUAGAAACCCACGUUGGGGCUAGAGUUUGUCAUGUUUGUGGUACAUUUUUCCCAGGGAGUGCUGAGCUGAAUGAUCAUAUGAAGGUUCACCCAGGGGAGAAAUCGUUUCGCUGUCCUGAUUGUGGCAAGUGUUUCAGAAAAAAUCCAGAUCUCACAGCGCACAAGAGGAUUCAUACAGGGGAGAGACCGUACCGCUGCCAGUUUUGUGGCAAAGGAUUCAGUCAGAGUGGAAACCUGGCUGUGCAUAUGAAGAGCCACUCUGGGGAGAAACCGCAUUGCUGCCCUGUUUGUGGGAAAUGUUUCAGCAGUAAAUCUUAUAUGAACACACACAUGAAGAUUCACACAGGGGAGAGGCCAUUUUGCUGUCGUGUAUGCGGAAAAUGUUUCAUAAGAAACCCUGAUCUGACAGUCCACAUGAGGACUCAUACAGGGGUGAAACCAUAUAAGUGCCAGUAUUGUGGCCAAGGAUUCAAGCAGAAUUAUCACCGGAAACUACACAUGAAGAUCCACAUGGGAAAAACCAUAUCAUUGCCAUCUUUGUGACAUGUAUAUCAGCACUAGCACACAGUCAACCGGGCUUGAGAUUUCACAUGGAAGAGAAGACUUCACUGCAGUGUCUGGCAGAGGCUUUGUAUAGACUGGAAGUUUGGGAGGACAUAUAAUGACAAUGCACAGAAUACUUUAGUGUAGAAAAUACUGACUGUAGACCUGGUUUGUGAUACAUGUUUCACUCAGCCGCUUUAUUGAGGAAAUAUGUUACUCGCAGUGACUGUUAAUGUGGUGGUUUUACCUGUUUUGAAAUCACUAAUUGUAAGUUGCUCUGGGUAAGAGUGUCAACUAAAUGACCAAAAUGUAAAUGCAAGAAGUCCAAUUGACACAGGAGAGAAUCCAUAUAAUUGUUUAAUGAAAAACAUACAUAAUGCAAUGAUUGCUGCUAAAUGCUUAAAAUGGAUGAACUCCCCUAGAAGAUACGAGAAGAACAUUCACAAGAGGGAGAAGACAUGAUGACAACCCGACAAAAAACCUCAUGACAACGUGACAGUCGUCCCGUGUAGGGAGAGUCUUUCAGACAACACAAGGAGGUGCAUUAAAACAUCUAAUUCCCUAAAUCUGCUGUCAUUCUUUAUUUCUAGGAAAUAUAUCCCUCUUCUUUCUUUAAUUAAUUGCAGACAUGAGAAUGUUGGAUUAGUGAUAGCAUUAUGGUGUAUUCUAUUUUUUGUGUACUUUUGUGAUCAAGGGAGGCAAUGAUUGAUCUAAACUUCAGAUUUGCACCAGUAGUGCUGGAGCAGUGCCACCAGCUCUGCAGUCUUUCACAUUUAGGUCUAUUUGCAGGAUUAUAAUAGAAAUGUACAGACACUGGAGGAACUCCAACAAUAGAUUAAUGACGAGAGAUUAAUUAAUUUUGCUCAGUAAUCAGUGUCCU